GAGAGAGAGAGGAGAUUAUUUAUUCGUUUGAGGGGGAAGGAGAUGGAGUUUGGUCAGCUUCUGAUCGGAAUGCGAAGGGUGCAGAGAUUAGCAAUGGAUUAAUGGUGGCAACAUGCAGCAAGGCUGUACCUGACCAUCAAACAACCUGAGAGAGAGAGAGAGAGGAGAGGAAGGAUUAGCGACACGGGUUUGCAGGAAUCCUUGCCUGUAACCGUGAAACCAGUCUUCACUCAUUACAGCAGAUCAUCGCUCCUUUUGGAUUUUUUUUUUCUGUGUGGUGGAAUAUCUUUAAUGAAGUUAUUUUUCUUAACUCCACAAAACUCAUUUUUAAUGAUUUAGAAAAUUGUUCGCAAAGGCUGGAUAUUUUCACCCAGUCUCCCCUCAGUUGUCAAACUCUAAUUGUGGCUUUGCUCUGCUCCUCUUAAAGAGACUUUGCAAUUGUUUAGGAUUAGCGCUGGAUUAUAUAUAUAUAUAUCAUGAUGUGUUCAUUCCUGGGAUAGAGACAUUUUCACCCAGAAUGGAAAGGGCAAAGAAGACAGACUGGGGAAAGAGCUUGUAAAAAUCAUUCCUCCCACCACCUCCUCCCCACCAAAAACAAAACAGACUGUGGGCUUCACCCUUCAUUCGCUGGCUGGGGAGACAGAGGGGCUGCACGGAGCAUAUUGGAGAGACUAUGUUUGGAGAUGAUGAGGUGGAAUGCUCAGAGCGCUGCGCAGGAGAUUGGCGAGGAGACCGAAGAUGGCGCCAUCUACACGAUAACGCUCAGGAAAGUUCAGGUGCAUCAGGCAGCAAGCAAAGGGCAGCGAUGGCUCGGGGUAGAUAGCGAGACAGCGAUGAACCUGUACGAAACGUGCAAAGUGCGGACCAUCAAGGCUGGGACCCUGGAGAAACUCGUGGAGUACCUGGUGUCUGCCUUCAAAGGCAACGACUCCACCUACGUCACCAUCUUCCUCUGCACUUACCGGGCCUUCGCAACGACCAAACAAGUGUUAGACCUGCUGCUGAACAGAUAUGGAAAUUUACAUCAAAUGAAUGGAGAUGUAUCCAAGCUUACACCAGAUGACAGGGUAGAAUUGAAAAACACUAUUUCAUCGAUCCUUGGCGCCUGGCUCGAUCAGUAUUCUGAAGAUUUCAGGAAACCGCCGGACUACUCCUGCCUGAAGCAUCUACACGCCUACAUCCAUCAGAUGUUUCCGGGUUCGGAUCUGCAACGUCGUGCCCAUAUCCUGCUCGGCACAUUCCAAAGGCACAAGGAACCAGAGCCUGAUCAGGAUGCAGUUGAUCACAGUAGCUGCACGUUCGCUAUGGUGGAAGAGAAUGGAUUUGAAGAUGGAAAGCCCGACUUUCUCUCCUUCUUUGCUAACGUGGUGGCUGAGCAGUUUACAUUAAUGGAUGCAGAGUUGUUUAAGAAAGUCGUUCCAUAUCACUGCCUAGGAAGCAUCUGGUCCCAGAGAGACAAGAAAGGGAAAGAACAUUUGGCACCCACAAUUCGUGCAACCGUCACGCAGUUUAACAGAGUGACGAACUGUGUCAUUGCAACCUGUUUGAGCGACAAGACGCUGAAAGCUCAACAGAGAGCUAAGAUCAUUGAGAGAUGGAUUGAGGUGGCCAGGGAGUGCAGAAUCUUCAAAAAUUUCUCCUCGCUACGAGCCAUUCUCUCUGCCUUACAAUGCAACUCGGUUCACAGGCUCAAGAAAAGUUGGGACGAGGUGUCGAGAGAGAACUUCCGGAUAUUCCAGGAAUUGUCGGAAAUCUUCUCUGACGACAACAACCACUCCUUGAGCCGUGAGCUCCUCAUCAAGGAGGGAACCUCAAAGUUCGCCACACUUGAUAUCAACCCAAAAAGGGCUCAGAAACGACAACAACACCAAAAGGAAAUGGGUGUCAUGCAAGGUACGAUCCCAUACCUGGGGACCUUUCUCACUGACCUGGUUAUGUUGGACACUGCAGUGAAAGAUCAUUUGGAUGGAGGCUUGAUCAACUUUGAUAAAAGGCGAAAGGAGUUUGAAGUGAUUGCCCAGAUUAAGUUGCUGCAGUCGGCCUGCAACAAUUACUCGUUCACACCGGACCAUCGGUUUGUGGAGUGGUUUCGAAGCGUGGAGCGGCUGACUGAGGCUGAAAGUUACAAUCUCUCGUGUGAAAUUGAGCCUCUGGCAGAAUCGGCGAGCAACACUCUGAAGGCGAAGAAAAACUCGGGCAUCAUUAAACGGUGGAGCGACAGGCAGACACCAACCACAGACACCCCAAGCACAGGUGCCCAGUCACGAUCCUGUGAGCAACUCAAGUAUGGACCAUACCUGGGCGGUGGGGACACGGCAGAUUCAGUGAGUGUCACAUCCGCUGGCUCCAGCAACUCCGACGUGGAAGAAAUCAACGUCAGCUUCAUCUCGGAAUCGCCAGAUUCCCAGGAGAAAAAGUUCUGGGAAUCAACGUCACUGUCCUCAUUGGACACGUCUGGAAUCGGCUCAGGGUCAAGCAGUGCCUCCUCUUCCUCGGUCUCCUCCACACCCAUAACGUCCUCCAGGACGCACAAGCGCUCUGUGUCUGGAAUAUCCAGCUACUCCACACUAUCUCUGCCACUUUAUAACCAGCAGGUGGACGACUGCUGUAUCAUUCGGGUCAGCCUGGACGUUGACAAUGGAAACAUGUACAAGAGCAUUUUGGUGACGAGCCAGGAUAAGACGCCCGUUGUCAUUCGAAAGGCUAUGGCCAAACACAAUUUAGACGGGGAUAGGCCCGAGGAGUAUGAGCUGGUACAGCUCAUCGCUGAGGACAAGGAACUGAAAAUUCCUGAUAACGCGAAUGUAUUUUAUGCCAUGAAUUCGUCUGUCAACUAUGAUUUUAUGCUAAAGAAAAGGGGUCACUCAAAAGCAGGCAAAACAAAGCAUGUUUCAAGUUCGACUCUCCCUAGAAUGAAGCAAAAAGGACUGAAGAUUACAAAAAGUAUCUUCUAACUUCUCAAAGUUGGACCGGCUUCCUGUGUUUUCUGGAUUCACCGAAACUUUAUACUAAAAAAAAUCAGUGUUAUGAAUAAAUGUGCAAUAUUGUCUGCAAUUGCGACUACUGGAAGCAUCAUACUACAGGCACUUAUUGUCUUACUGGAGAAACUGAAAGGCAUUACACUCCAAUGAAAUACAGAGUUGAGAAGGAACUCCCUGUAACAGACAACUGAUCCACCCUAUCACACGGUUUGGGGAGAGUGGGCGCAGUGAGAGAAAGGUCAUGUAUUCAGUGAUGUGACUUUGGUUAGAUUAGUCACUUUGAGUGGCAGUGUGAAUAUAAGAAGAUUAACUGGCUGAUGGAGGGGUAAGAAACACUGGUUCUCCAUGAAGACAGGAACCAUUGUCCCUCAACAACUGCAAAGUAGAUUGCUUUGUCCAGGGUAUCAGAGGUUAUUAAAGUGGAAAUAGAACUCUGAACUUGUCAUUGUAAUAUAGAAACUUUUGGUCCCUCAUUUGCAGAGCUCAUAGCUCUGUAGGUGACUCACCUAUUGCCUGCACUUGUACAGUAACCCAAGAAUCACCCUGAAAUUCUGAGGAGAGAGAAAGAAAAACAAUGGUUUUGACCAGGUAUGAGGAUCCUCCUGACCAUCUCUGAGUCCUGCUUAUGAAGAGUCCUCCAUUUUAGAGGUUGUCUGAUGUCAAAUGAGAACACAAUCAGCAGAAGGUUUAUCCGACUGCAUGUUGUGCGGAGCUCAGAGAAUUUUAACCUGGGAAACAAGACAAGUGUUUUCCUGGCCUGACGUCACCAAUCAGACCGCAGACUGGAAGACAUCUGCUACAAGAUCGUCAACUGCAAUUGGUCAAGGUGACCAAGAAAUGAUGGCCAACCCUCAAUGAUUCAUUCCUACAUAUUACCAAACAGUGGGUUCUUAUUGAGUAGUUAGCGGGGGGUGUUGGAGCUGAUGGAAUUGUACAGUUAAACUUCGAGCCAUUCUGUGGCAUGAACACUCGUCCUUUUUUAAUUUGCAAAGAAUAUGACUCAUUUUCAAAUGAACUGUGUUGACUUUUUUUUAAAAAAAGUUUGUUUUGUAAAAACAAUGGAAUCUUUUUUGGGACAAUAUUUAUUCACUGUACAGACAUUAUAUUGAUGAGUGGAAUUGUAAAUUUCUUACUGUUGAAUAUUAUUUAAUAUAUUGACUUGUUACUGAUUCUAGUAUUUAUCUUGCUGUUUGCUCAAUGGGUCUUCCCUUGUCUGGUGAAAUGUGUUGUCUUUGUUACUUUUUUGUAUAAUGUAAAAAGACGGACGAUCAUGAA